AUGGCGGCCGUGGCUGCAGAGCCAGGAGCUGCUGCGGCAUCAACAACAGCAGGGGAAGAGGUUGAGUUCGAAUCGGAAUCAGCUGGUCAUGAGGGAAAACUGAAUUCAGAUGUAACUCGGGGCUCUGAGCCGGUAAUGGAUCUUUGUCACCAACACAGAGAUGUGGAUGCAGUUCAGGAAUGCAGUCAGUUCCAAAUGGAGAUAGUGAGAAGGCCGGACAUAGAAGCCGCGGGAAAAACCCUCUCUGUUCAGGGAGAUGAUGAGCACGGCAAAAUUGGUUGUCUCAGUAGCGAAGGGGACAAUACCGUGGAUGAUUAUUUUGUGGACUACAAACUGAAAGACAAUGUAAUGACGGAGUGCUUGAAAGAACAGUGUUCCCCUAUUUUGGAGUCUGCAAACGAGGUCAAUCCUCACGACUCUCACGCCUGCCUUUUGCCUAGCUCCAUCUCCGUCUCUCAGCCAUCAGUGGUCUUUUUGCAUUCUCUCCCAGCUCAUCCCUCUGUAACAGAAACCGGACUAUCCCUUGCUGAACCGGCCGAACCAGCAAUCGUGGGACUCAACCUAGAAUCCAUCGAUCAUUUUAGAGAACUGAUAAAGCCCUCUUCUGAACCGGACCCAGUGCCCGAAUCCGCAUGUGAUGCUCCUGGUUCAGAAUUCAUGGCCCCUGAGGAUGCUCUUCACGAAUGCCCGCAACAUGUCGACCAUCCACAGUCUUUGUCAGUUUCAGAGAGUGAGUCAAAUAUCGGAGGAAUAUCCGUGGACGAAACCUUCACGAGUGACUUUUCCGCCGUUCCUCCAGAGCACUCACCCCAACUUCACGUCGUAGGGGACACGGUCCUGUCAUCCCCAGUGCCAGUGGACUCGUGCUCACCCCAACAGAGGUUCGAGACUGGUCUCUGUGAAGUGAAGUCUGAACCCAAAACAUCUUUGCCCAUAGCAGAAACAACAGGGUCACCGCUCGACACAGUCGAGCACCUAAUACCUGGAUCUGAGGUUCGAGUAUCUUUGGAUCACAUCAUCGAUGACGCAUUGGUUGUGUCAUUUCGCUUAGGCGAAAAGAUAUUUUCCGGCGUGCUCAUGGACCUCUCCAAGAGGUUUGGACCCUAUGGAAUUCCAAUUACAUUACAUCCGAAGAGAGAAUAUAAGGAUAAACCAGAAUCUAUGCAACUAAAAGCAGUACCCUCUCAACCGGAAACCGAGAAAGGAGGUAGUCAGGAUGCUGCCGACGCCCCCCGGAAAGACCCCGAAGAGGGUUGCAAAGACCCCGAAGAGGGUCGCAAAGUCCCCGAAGCCACGCCUGAGCCUUGGACAACCCCAUGGACCUCAAAACCGCCUCCCUUGUUUCAGGAGGGGGCUCCUUACCCACCACCAUUGUUCAUCAGGGACACGUACAACCAGUCAUUACCUCAGCCUCUACCCCGCAAGAUCAAGCGGCCGAAGCGCAGGCUGUACCGAGAAGAGCCCACGUCCAUCAUGAACGCCAUCAAGCUGAGACCGCGGCAAGUGCUGUGCGACAAGUGCAAGGGCGCCGUGGCGACAGGAGACAGACGGGAGACGCGGCGAGGCCCAGCAUCUGACUGCCGGGCAGACGAUGCCAAACGGCGGCGUGGGGACAAUGCUGCAGCAUCAGCUGCCGGCAAACGGCCCCGGAACGACCACCGGCCUGAGGAGAAGGUCCGUGGUUCGGACGGGCCCAAACGGCAGGCUCCAGGCAUCCGGAUCUCCGCCUCCUCUUCCUCUCUCGGCUCGGUGAAGGGAGGGGCAGGUGCGAACAAGGUGGUGAACAGGGGGGUGUCAAGCACGGCAGGCAACAGUUCCAGAGCUGUCCAUCUCAACACCAAGAAGGUCCUGCAGAGCAAGAACAUCGACCAUGCCAAGGCCCAGGAGGUGCUCAAGAUCGCCAAGGCGCAGCGACAACGGGACCGGGAGACGGCGUCCGGCGGCAGCGGCAACACCAAGGCCAUGACGAGGGCGGCCGCGCUGCAGGAGGCUCACCAGAAGGUGCAUUUCACCCGGCGUCUGCAGCAGAUCAGCGGGGGCGGCGGCCGCGGCAUCUCCACCCCACUGCCGCCGCGGAUGCGCAUCAAGCCCCAAAGGUACCGUAACGAAGAGAAUGACUCUUCCCCUUGUAAGCCGCCUUGCCUUGAGAAAGUGCCGGGGAGCGGCCACGUGUUGCUGCCCAAGCCCGGCCCGCCCCGCUGCCCCUCUACGCGCUCCUCCUGCUCCUCCUCCUCCUCCAGCUCCACUGGGGAGGCCGUCCCUGCUGCUGUUGCUGCCGCUACUGCUGAAAGCCUGGGUCCCGCCAAAGCGACCGACCCCGAGCCCAGACCGCUGGGCCCUUCCCAAUGCCAGCCCCCCGUCCUCCCUCUGCUGGAGUCCGAGCCGGAGCCCGAGACGGCCACGGAGAGCGGGGACUCCAAGGUGGAGCCAGACGAGUCGGAGGGGCGGGAGGAGAGGCGGGAGACGCGCGGGAGCAAGGCCGGCAACCUCGUGGUUUACGUGUCCCUAAACCCCAACCAGCCCGACUCCUCUAGUACCUCCAUGUGCAGUGUCGAUAGCGCAGAUGAGAUAAAGUCCUCGAACUCCGAGUGUAGCUCGACCGAGACCUUUGACUUUCCCCCGCCCGGUGCUUUGCCCUCGGCAGCCCCGGCCCCCGGCACGUCCUCUGCAGUCACCACUGCCGCUGCCACUACCUCGUCUGCCCCUAAGGACGAGAAAAGGCGUGGUAAAUCGAUCAAAGGCACAGUCUAUUCCAAAAACGUCUCAAAGUGCGUUGCCUUGGAUGGCAGGACCAUUUGCGUAGGGGACAUUGUCUGGGCCAAAAUCUAUGGCUUCCCCUGGUGGCCAGCCCGCAUCUUAGCGAUUCAAGUGAGCCGCAAAGAUAAUGGGCUCUUAGUCAGGCAGGAGGCUCGUGUGGCCUGGUUCGGUUCACCGACCACCUCCUACCUGGGCCUUUCGCAGCUCGCUCCCUUUCUAGAAAGCUUCCAGUCCCGCUUCGACAAGAAGAGAAAGGGCUUGUACCGUAAAGCCAUCACAGAGGCAGCCAAGGCUGCCAAGCAGCUCACACCUGAGGUUCGCGCCCUCCUUACGCAGUUUGAGACGUGAGGUGCUUAAGCCUCGGGGCAAGUGAAAGGUAGGCAAAGCAGGCACCCACUUAACGACCCCCACCCCGUACUCCACGUGAGAUUAGUUUUCAGCAUCCAUUCCGUGACAGAGAAAGUGUCAGGUCAGACACUUAGGACUCAUUUUAUUUUAGCCUUUUGAAGAGGGAACACCACAGAGAGAGGACUGAUAAGGAAGCAGAUGUGUGGGUGCUCGGAUGAUGGCUGCUUUGCAUCAUGAUUUUUAAACACUAUAUGUUCACAACAAUCAAUAGUUUUUUUUCUUUUGUUUUUAAAGAAAAUGUCAACAAUUCUGCAGAUAGUAACAUAGCAGCUAAUCUCAACAUUGAGCUCCUCUGUCUAGGUUUUAUGUCUUUAUCCCUCAUGUGAUUGCAUUCGCAAACAUGCCUGUCUUUAAUGUUGGUAUAAGAACAUAAACCAUGUCGAUCUGAUAAUAAUUUAUGGGUGAAUGUGUCAAGUCUGCGAGCUAGGUUUAUGAACCCUUUAAGCUGAUCAUCAGCUUUUUGUGUGUGUGAAAUGCAUGAAUCAUUUUUCAUAGAGAAGGCUCGGUAUAUUCUAAGCAAUAGGGGAUUUAUACCACGGGUAGCAGUGAGUGUACACAUCAACAUCCCUCUCUGUGGAUGGAUACCACCAUACCCAUGAUGUUUAAAAUGACUCUGGGGAAAAAAAAUAUUUCUCCCAUAAAAUUACUGUUGUCCAUUACGAGGAUCUAGACUGUUACUCUUUCCACAGAAACAAAAAGAUGUACCUUUUUUACAUCUCCAACAAUAUGUCCAUUUGUAUCCUUUACCUCAUGUAUAAGAUCAAGGGCUGUCCGUACUGUGGAGUUGGUAUUAAGCAGGCCACAUGCUCCCCAGAUUCCAGGGAACAUGAGCACUGAUGAAGUAGGUGUAAUUACAGUGCAAUGUGUCUAUACUCCAAUUGAAUAGAUUCUUGCUCAGUUGAUGCAUGUAGAAGGAGGAUAGAUUAUUAUUGUUCCUUUGUAUGGAUAUUGAUGCUAGCAGCUUAUAGGUUCUGUGUCAGGAAUUAGAACGGUCAGUUUCACAGUAUUAUAUGUGAGAAUUAUAAAUGACUAUGACUACUUAAAAGGCUGAAGUCCUUGUUAGUUUAAUUUGUAUUGGUUGAGAAUGGUAUGGAUUGAGAGUACUUUCAAGUGUUAAAAAUGGAAAAGGGCAUUUUCCAUUCAGAAAUGUUAUUGUAAUAACAUUAUUUUGAAAUGCACCUCUAAUCCGUUUGUAAGGGUAGUUGUUCCAUAGCCUCUCAAGGUGCUGUGUGCAUUAGAUGGGGAAUUACACCAGUAAGAUGUGUAUGAAAGAAGCUUUGUUUUGGAUGCAUCGUUUCGUUUACCCUAUAGCUGGCAGAAGCUGCUGGUUGUGGAGUUGUAGCUCUAAAGCAGAAAGCUCUUUAUCUUGAGGUGGCACGAGGCCAGCAGUGGAUAUCACGGCAGAGGCACCAGUGUUGUGAGGAGCUGCCUGUAAGCCAAAUUCACCUUAAGUGCCCAUGAGAGGAGUGCCAUGCUGCUCUUGUCACACACACACACACACCCCGUUCCCCACACACACACACACACCACCUCUCUGCCUGCCUGGAAAAGAGAUCACGAUUGACCGCAAAGAGCCUGCCAGCCGACCACAAAGCUUCAGUAUCUAUAGCCCUAGUGCUUUUUAGCUCUCGUCUUGUCUGAUUAUUUUCCGUGUGUCUCCCAGUUUUGUUGUGUGUUUUGUUUUUUUAACCCAGUCUUCCAUUUUACUCUCUUCUGGACAGCGGAGCUCAUGUUUGGUUUUAAUGCACAGAAUACGUAGUGUUUUAUUGAAGGUGUACACACUUGAAACCAUCGCCUUCAUUUGUGUUGUAUUCCAGAGCACAAUGAUUAUGUACAUAGUCACAGACAAGAGACAACCUAAACCUGCCACCCAUUUUUUUUUUUUUUUGUCUUUGAGUGCUCGGAGCCAUGUGGGAGGUUGAAUUUUAUCAAAUUAUUUUUUUUUCUGCUAUAAUUCUCGAGCAGGUUGUCCCAAAUGGCUUAUUUUUGAAUGUGAGUUGUGUGAGUUGUCUCCAUUUUAGUGUCAUGACACAGCUGUAUCCUUUGGAGGGCAAUGUUUUUUGAUUUUUUUUUUUUCUUUUUUUUUCUGUGGUGUGCCUGAACUUUAUAUUCUUGCCUUUUGACUAGUUUGGCUGUCUAGUCUGGCUGUGAAUCUUGAAUAUGUACGUACAUACAUGUGAAUAUAUCCAGAUCAUGUGUAUGGAGGUGCAGUGCUGGCAAAUGGAACCAGAGCGUUUGGAAGGAACAGCCAGACAGCUUGCCUCCAGACUGGUAAUGGUUGUGCAUUUAUGUUGUUUGAGGGGAAGAGAUUUUUGAGAACAUGCUACCUGUUCCCGUUUCAUAAUAGUUCACUCUGACAAGCACAUCCCAUCAAACUCUUUUAACCCCCUUCCACUUUAAAAAGGGACAUAAUGUAGAACAACCUGGUCUCCCCCAUUGUUCUUAUUCAGUAGGUAGAGAUCUAAGACCGGUGUAAACUUACUUGGUAGUCGACAAUACACUAACUGACUUGACCUUUUGUCAAAACCAGAGAAAUUUGUAUUUAUUUUGGUGGCUGGCUUUUUUUGUUAUGUUUUAAUUUUCUCUUUGUUUUUGUUUUUGAGUCUGUUUGCAGGUCAGAGAAUGCUGUAAAUCAUUUAAGAAGAAGUUACAUUUGAAAAUAUUGUGUAAAUGUUUCUGUUUCAAGAUUAUAUAAAUAAAAUGUGAACCUAAA